AUGACCGCAUUCAUCUGCUUCCUCAUUGGCGGCUGCACUGUGCAUUGUCUAAUUCUGCACGGCCUGAAACAAACCCGCUUUCGCUUCAUGAUGCCAGCGAUACUGUGGCAAUCGUUUCUAAUGUGUAUGCUGGGAAUCACCUGCCUAAUCGCCAUCGGCGAGCUCGUCUCCGAGGGCAAUUUAUCGGCUAGAGACGAGAUGAUGGCAAAGAUCACUUUGUGUGUGUGCCCGACGCUAUUCGCUCUUCAGGGACUCAUGCUCAUCAUCAUUUCCAAGUGCCGUCAUUAUAUUCAGUGCAAGCGGAGGCAUAUUAGGAACGGAUUGCCGCCACCGGUUCGCGAGGUGAUUCGAAUCUCGAACAUGAACAAAGUGUCAAGCAUGGAGCUCUCCGUGGACAGUCCCUAUCAACUGCACACGCCGAGAUCAUAG